AUGCUUGCGGCAAGUGGUUGGGUGUUGAAUGCGGAUAAUAACGUUUUUGGCUGCACCACACCCCAUGGCGCACCUCAGCGAAUUUGCCAGCGUUUCCGAUUUAGCAGUAUCUUGCGACGUAUGUCUGUUGUGGUCAUUCAUCACCUUCCUUCUGGUGUCGAACCAACUUACUUAGUUUGCACCAAAGGUUCACCAGAGGUCAUCUUACCCAUGCUUUGGGAUUCACCACCGGACUACGAUGAGGCAUAUCUGACAAUGACUAGACGCGGGGCUCGUGUUUUGGCUUACGUUAAAACGUUUGGGUUUUGUGACUCUGAUGUGUGUGUUGCGUUGUUAAAUGAAGCUGGAUCCACAAAAUCAGAUAGUACACAAACUGUAAUUAAAAACUCUGGGACCGCUAGCUCAGUCGACUGUCGAUUGCAUUCCAAUCACACUUGCUCUACCCGAGAGGAUGAACGCCAGUCUGCGCAAACGCGACUUGCCUCUCAACUGGCUGCUAUUGAGGCUGAGCAAGAUCCGUCACAUGUGCGUCUUGGUGAUGCGAUUAUUGCUGCUCUGUUCACCGCGAAAAUGUUUUCAUCAUCAAGAGUGUCAAAUUAUCAAACAAGGUCGAUGUACGUUGGUCAUCAAACUUCAAAUGUUCAAAAUUCUGGCCAUCAACGCUUUGGUUUCCGUGUUCAGUUUUUCUGUUCUGUUUCUGUAAAGAUUCAAAACAUUCGAUGCAAAAGCUUCAAUACAGACCAUUCCUCUUUCCGCCUCGUUUCUGUUCAUUUCACGAUCCAAGCCUUUGAAGACGUUGUCUCACACACCCCCAUUCUCAACAUAUUCAAUCUGUACACAUUGUUGACGGUGACAUUACAGUUCUUGGUCCACAUUUCUGUCCUGUGUACUCUUACACAAGAAGCUGGAGCUCGUAUGCCUAUCAAUGGAGAUGACUUCGCGGAUGUUCACGCGGAAUUCGAACCCUCUAUACUGAACACGGUGGGCUAUCUGAUUUCUACUAGUAUACAGAUUGCCACCAUCGCGGUCAACCACAAAGGUCAUUCUUUCAUCUGUUGGAGAACAAAAGAAUUGUUGUCUCUCGGAGUUGCAAUAGGUGGUGUAUUCCUCCUUGCUCUGGGCAUGUUUGCUGAACCUCGUCGAUUGAUGCUAUUAGAUCUACAGCUUCAAAAAGUGUUCCUCCAGGCAGGCGCAUUUGAUUUUAUCGCAACCUGGAUGGUCUAUUUCGAGGUAAUUAAUAUCAUUCGGUGCAGAAAAGGUAUCCCCCACGAUCGCUUGCACAUUCUCGGAACAUUCUUCUUUGUACCAUUGUUGUAA